GAAAGAAGCGCUUCCACUUCAAAACAUACUUUCGAUUUCUGUGUUUUAAAAUCAUAUUAACAGAAAAUAUAUGUUCAUAAAUUAAUGCGUUUAACCUUCUCAUAUGGAAAAAAGUAUUAUUUUUGGUCCAGAUUUAAAACUUCCAUCCAUUGAUGGUGUCAAAUCUGGUUGUGAAAAUGAACUCUAUCUCUUGAUGAAAGAAAUUGACUUGGCAUUUGAGAGAAAACACAAAGAUAUUUUAAAUGAAGCUUCAGAGUUAAAGCUUCUUUGUCAAGCCAAAAAUGAUGAAAUUGAAAAUUUAAAAUCAGUUGUAUCCUUUAGAUCACAGAAUAGCAGGAAAAACGUAGAAGAUCAUACAAAGUAUUUAAUAACUGAACUUGCAAAGCUGAAAGAAGAGAAUGCUCGCUUGAUGAAAGAAAAUACUGAUCUUCAAAAUAAAGUGCAAAAGGGACAGGAAACUGAAAAUCGAUUGCAAAGUAUAAUGAAAAGCCUUAAGAUUCAACAGGAAGAAAACGUGAUGCUAAAAGAUCGUUUAACAAAGCUGUCUAAACAACAUGAUGCAUUACAAGGAAAUUACCAACAGCUGUUAAAUGUGAUGACUUUAGAGCAGAAAAUUGGUUCUUCUGAACAAAGAAUGAACAUGAAUGUGAAUACUGCUGAUUUUGUGGAUGCUUUAAUAUCUGAAGAGACAGAAAAAUAUCUCAAUGAAGAAUCCAAACAUUGCGAGGUACUGCAGUCGAAGAUUAAUGAAGAAAUUGAAGCCCUGAAAAGAACACUAAGAGAUGAAACUGUUUAAAUGCAUUUCUUUUUGCUUUCUGUAUAUAAUCACUGGUCAUAUAUAGACAAUUUUGUUUUUUAUGUCUUUUAUAUUUGUAAAUAAAACAAAUUUUAAAUAC